AUGUGGCUGAUCGACUCUACCACUAUAAGGCUGAAGUUCGUGACAAGCGCAGGCAGCAGCCCAUAUGCAAUCCUUUCUCACACAUGGAACGACAACGAUGAAGUCACAUUUCAAGAGUUCAAUUCCCCUGAUCGCGAUAUUGCCCAUCCGAGGUUUCUCAAGAUCACGGAGACUUGUCGACUGGCCCGCGGAAGGGGCAUCCCGUAUGCGUGGGUGGACUCCUGCUGCAUCGACAAGACCAGCAGUGCCGAAUUGACGGAGGCGAUCAAUUCAAUGUUCCGAUGGUAUAGGGAGUCGACUAUUUGUUUCACGUAUCUCGCGGAUCUGGCCGUGAGUUCUGAGAUCGAACCCGACUUGCCAAAGUGUAAGUGGUUUACACGAGGCUGGACCUUGCAGGAGCUUGUUGCUCCAAGAAAUGUCGAGUUCUACGACGAAUCUUGGAAUCUAAUAGGUGCCAAGAUUAGUUUGCUGAAACCCCUGAUUGAGAUAACACGGAUUCAAGAGGAUGUCCUUCGAGAUAGUAAUUCACUUCCAAACUAUACAGUGGCUAUGCGUAUGUCUUGGGCAGCAAAUCGACAGACGACCCGUGAAGAAGACUUAGCAUAUUGUCUUCUGGGCAUCUUUGAUGUCUAUCUGCCUCUGAUUUAUGGGGAGGGGACUAAUGCCUUUAUCAGAUUACAGGAAGCCAUUGGGCAAGUAACAUACGACCUAUCCUUGUUUGCAUGGACAGAUCAGGACAGUAUAGAAACAAGGCAAAGUUACCAUGGCAUUCUCGCUCGUUCGCCCGCAGAAUUCAAUGAUUGCUCUUCGGUCUGGAAACCUGGUACUUGGGUCUUUCCUACACAUGAAUACACCAUCACGAACAAGGGCGUUCGACUU